AUGAAUGUUCUAUUAUGUUCUAUCAACAUACUAAAAGGGUUAUACGAUAUAUCUGGUGUGGAAGUUGGCCAACAUUUGUAUUGGCAAAUAGGAGGUUUUCAAGUCCAUGCCCAAGUACUUAUUACUUCUUGGGUUGUAAUUGCUAUCUUAUUAGGUUCAGCCAUUAUAGCUGUUCGUAAUCCACAAACCAUUCCUACUGACAGUCAGAAUUUCUUCGAAUAUGUCCUUGAAUUCAUUCGAGACGUGAGCAAAACUCAGAUUGGAGAAGAAUACGGUCCAUGGGUUUCCUUUAUUGGAACUUUGUUUCUAUUUAUUUUUGUUUCGAAUUGGUCAGGUGCUCUUUUACCUUGGAAAAUCAUACAGUUACCUCAUGGGGAAUUAGCCGCACCUACAAAUGAUAUAAAUACUACCGUUGCUUUAGCUUUACUCACGUCAGUAGCAUAUUUCUAUGCGGGUCUUACCAAAAAAGGAUUAGGUUAUUUCGGUAAAUACAUUCAACCAACUCCAAUCCUUUUACCCAUUAAUAUCUUAGAAGAUUUUACAAAACCCUUAUCACUUAGUUUUCGACUUUUCGGAAAUAUAUUAGCUGAUGAAUUAGUAGUUGUUGUUCUUGUUUCUUUAGUACCUUCAGUGGUUCCUAUACCUGUCAUGUUACUUGGAUUAUUUACAAGCGGUAUUCAAGCUCUUAUUUUUGCAACUUUAGCUGCGGCUUAUAUAGGCGAAUCCAUGGAGGGUCAUCAUUGA